GGGACGGAGUGAAAUGGCAGCCUCUUCCUCAUCCUCUUCAGCCGGUGGAGUCAGUGGCAGUUCUGUAACAGGAUCGGGGUUCAGCGUUUCGGACAUGGCCUCACCCCGAAAAGCCCUCUUCACUUACCCCAAAGGAGCCGGGGAGAUGCUCGAAGAUGGCUCCGAAAGAUUCCUCUGUGAGUCUGUCUUCAGCUAUCAGGUUGCAUCUACGUUAAAGCAAGUGAAACACGAUCAACAAGUCGCACGGAUGGAAAAACUAGCCGGUCUGGUGGAAGAGCUGGAGGCAGAUGAGUGGAGGUACAAGCCAAUAGAGCAGCUCCUGGGAUUCACUCCCUCCUCGGGCUGAGCGUGUCUGGAUCGCUGCUGUCAGGGAGCAGAAGAAAAACAUUCUCUGGCCCGGCUUCAAAACACACCCCCGUUUAUCAGGAUGCUGACAGCUGCAUCGGCAGGACUGGGCUGCUUUUUUUUUUUUUUUUUUUAAGUUGAGAGUGAAGACCCCCCAAAAAGCCGCCAGUAAAUGGAAAUGACGGGAUUC